AAUAACAUUCAUUGUAGCAUUGUUGAAAUUACAGAGAGAUUGAAGGAAUCUCAGUAUUUACCUUCAGAAGUUGAAAUUGCUAGCAUCAUUGAUAAAAAUACUAAAAUAGUAAAUUGUAAUCCCAGCUUUGGGAACUAUAUGUCCCCAGUCAUCCCUGAAGAAUGAACCUAUAGUGCAGAAACAAGGAUUACUACUUUUCACUUAAGCUGUUAAUGUCUGCAUUACUAGGAGUUGCGCAUCCUGAAGAAUACUGGCCUCAUGAAACUCUAAAUUCAUGCAGUGAGAAUAUUGUGUUUGACCAUCCCUUUGGGAUAAAUGUGAUACUUCCUGAUAAUCGGAAAGCAGAUUACCUUUAUACAUGUGUCAAGUGCUGUAAAACGUAUAAGUUUCAGCAAUCUUUGAAUAGGCAUCUUACAUAUGAAUGUGGGAAACUACCUCAGUUUCAGUGUCCAUACUGCAAUGAAAAGAGACAUCUUAAAUGUAAUUUGGAUAAACACAUUAUGCGUAAACAUAAAAAAAUUCCAAUGUGUAUUUAGUUCCACCAUAUAGUAGAUGUUGUCAUGAGAUAC